AUGCUCGGCACCCUGCGAGGACAGCGCGCCGGUCAGGACACACGAUACCGCUGCCCGCUCACCCCGCGGAGAGCGCCGCUCCCCGCCCGCGGCCACGCGUCCCUCCCGCCGCCGGAAGCGCGCGCAGGAACCGGGGCGGGGCCAGGCCCACCCGGGAGUCACGUGGGCGGCGCGAAGGGGGCGCCCCCCGCCGCGACCUUCCGCUGGCUGCUGCCGCGGAGCCGCCCGCUGCUGGCCCGCCCGGGGCUGGCUGCCGCCGCUGCCGCCCGGCCCUAUGGUGUGCGGGCCUCCGACACCGGCGAGCUGGUGACACACACGGGGCAGGUAUAUGAUGAGAAGGAUUAUAGAAGAGUUAGAUUUGUUGGACGACAAAAGGAGGUGAACAAGAAUUUUGCAAUUGAUUUGAUAGCAGAGCAGCCUGUGAGUCAAGUUGAAAGCAGAGUGAUCUCAUGCGAUGGUGGUGGUGGAGCUUUGGGACAUCCCAAAGUAUACAUCAACUUGGACAAAGAGACAAAGACCGGAACAUGUGGAUACUGUGGACUUCAGUUUAAACAGAAGCAUCACUGAAUGAUCAUCGCUGUGUGCUUGCAGAUUUCUGUUCCGAUGUUAACGUUCAACUAUAAAUAAACAAAAGAUUUAGAAAGCCAA